AUGACCUUUGUCGAGCCCCUACCAUUCAUCGACUGGCCCGACCCAGCCGUAGCUUCGCGCGCGAGAGUACUGAAAUUCUUCUCUGACCUGGAUACGUACAAGGGAAUGAUGGCGCUACACCAAAACGUGCUGCAACAAUACGAGUAUGCGAAAGCGGCACUCGCUGUCGACCAGGAGACGGAGCGAAACCAGAAGGUGGUUCGCGAGUGCGCCACGAGGGAUGUACGCAAGUUGAUACAGGUGUAUGAGUCCCAGGGCGCCGCCGAGAAUAAAGAUGGUUCUUCUUCGCGAUCUCAAUCCGAUACGGCGGGAGCAUUCGCUCUUCUUGCCCUGGCCGAGCCCACCUAUGAUAGUAGUUCUGGCGAGGAUGAGUGGCAUCCGCGAGACCUGAAGCUGCAGCAAUGGCCCGAUAUCCAGACUUGGAGCAGGUUGUGGGACGGCUCAGUGGAUACUCUACACGACACCUUUAGGUCGUGCUUUGAAAGCCAUGAGGCUCUCGAGGAAGGCUUGAAGGAGCUGAACCAAGUGCGCAAGAAGAUUCAGAUUGAAAUUCGGGCAGAGACGAGAGUCCUCGAGGUUCUUUCAACGGUUGAGACACUUGUCAACAAAUUGAUUGCGGAGAAAAAUCAAGAAAUCUCCCCGCCUGUAUUGGAGAUGGAUGUCCCAACAGAUGUCGAGGAGGUUAACAGCAACGGUGAAGGCGAGCAGGAGGAAUCCGUCGAAGAUAAGCUGAUGUACCACUUGGUCAUCAGAGGGUUUAAUCAACAAAUCUCCUCCCUCCAAGUCGCAGAGAUCGGGCGCGUCUUUGGUUCUGUCAAGCAGGCCCAUGCGGACAUAAAAUCAUUAAGCGCCACCAUCUCCUUUUCCAAUGAUUCCGCGGCUCUCCGCUGUCAGCAAUUCCUUACCGGUGAUCUCGAGUACGACACCGAGGUAGUCGCAGUUACGCAAGACCACGACCUCAAGGGUGAUAACGCUCCAGAUCCACCCAAGAUCUGGAACCAGACCAACCUGGUGAUCCAGCAUUUCCCGCUAAACAUUGUCACAGACAUUCCGAGAACUUUCGAGGAAUGUGGGGAGCUGCACUCAUAUGAGUUUCUCCCCAGCGUCCAGGAGUCGAUGCGAUACGGCGGCACUGUGGGGACACUCAAGCUGGUUUGGAAGACGCACAAGUCCGCGCUGAUGUGUCAGACCGUGUGGAACCCGCAUUGCGUGCUGAAGUGGGACAACGACCCGAUGUCGGAAGCUAGGAUAGCCGCGACUGACGCGAGCGCGAUGAAGGCGUGGACUAGACAGCUGAAGACCGAACAGCAGCACCGGGCGGCAGCGGCGGGGAUCGGCCCUUCAAAGAGGCGGACGAAAGGUCUUCCACCUGGCGCAUCCCUACCACAACUCAAGCGGGGAAAGCACUACCGCCAGCAGUGA